GCCCACUGUCUGGCCCACAAGCGCAGCCCUCCUCCCCAGGACACCUGGCAUGUUACAUGCCUCCACCAUCGGGCAUCUCUGGUCCACCCCUCCCUGGAGGAAACAAUGGGGCUACUGUGACCCACACAGAAUUCUGGUAGCCUCUGAGGUCACCACAGAGAUAACCUCACCACCCCCUGCGCCAAGAGCACAAGUCUGUGGAGGCCAGCCGUGGGUGACUGUCCUUGAUCCUCUCUCUGGCCACCCAGGGAAAGAAGCAGAAAGGCACUUCACCACUGCCAUCAGUGCCAUUGAACUCAAAUACUGCCAUGGGUGGAGGCCAGCAGGGCAGCAUGUCUCUAGCAAGACAGCGACUGGGCAACGCACCUGUGCCAAAGCCUGCCAGAAGCCCAGCACGUCCAAGGUGAUCCUGAGGGCUGUGGCAGACAAGGGGACCUGCAAGUAUGUGUCCCUGGCCACCCUGAAGAAGGCUGUUUCCACCACGGGCUACAACAUGGCCCGAAAUGCCUAUCACUUCAAGUGUGUGCUCAAGGGGCUGGUGGACAAGCAUGCUCAGCAGGUGACCGGCAGGGGGACCUCAGGCUCCUUCACCCUGGGCAAGAAGCAGGCCUCCAAGUCCAAGCUCAAGGUCAAGAGACAACGGCAGCAGAGGUGGCACUCUGGGCAGCGCCCCUUUGGACAGCACAGGUCACUACUGGGCUCCAAACAGGGGCACAAGCAGCUUAUCAAGGGGGUUCGAAGGGUGGCCAAGUGCCACUGCAAUUAAUGAGGCAGGCCAGGCAAGUAGUCAGGGGUGCCAAGCCCGCCAUUGGCUCAGUGCAGUGGGAAUAAAAGGAACCUAACUUAUUUCA